AUGAGGAGAAGCAGGAUUGCUAACCCUUACCUUGGUACAGUACUAAUUCAGGGUGCCUACCACUACCAGGGCUUAAAUACCCUAAAGUGCUUCCUUUCAUUCUCCACAGAUGGUACUAGACAGGAAGAAGCUGAAGGUGAACUUAGUGAGGAGGACCAUUGGUUUGGAAACUCCUCAGAAACCCCAUCAGAAGCAUCUUAUGGAGAAGUCCAGGAGAACUUCAAAUUAUCCUUUGAGGACAGGAUCCAAGAACAGUCCACAUCUCCAGACACUUCUUUGGGAAGUGCAACUCCUAGCAGCAAUACAUUGGAGCUGGCAACUGUGGAGAAUGAGGCUGUACGGGAUGUGUUACAGAACAAAGAACACCUUUCUCCUGGUGUGUCAUCUGUAUGUGAAGAUGACACUCCUGGUCCAAAUAAACCACUGAGUAGUAACUUAAGACGUCUGCUGGAGGCUGGUUCUCUCAAGCUAGACACUAGUAUCAGAGUUAACGGCAGGGUUGAGUCCCCUGUAAAUCUUGGCUCAAAUAUUGACUUUUCUCCGCCUACCCACCAUGCUCAGCAGCUAAGUGUCCUUGCUAGAAAGCUGGCUGAAAAACAGGAGCAAAAUGACCAAUACAGCGCAAGUAACCGGUUUAUAUGGAAUCAAGGCAAAUGGUUGCCUAAUUCAACUUCCCCUUGCAGUUUGUCUCCAGACUCAGCAAUCCUAAAACUUAAAGCAGCAGCCAAUGCAGUCCUUCAGGACAAGUCACUUUCUCGAACUGAAGAUCCAAUAAGGUUUGAAACCUUUUCUUCCCCAUUUAGUUCACAGUCUGCAAGCUCUACCUUAGCUGCAUUAUCAAAGAAAGUCAGCGAAAGAAGCAUGACUCCUGGGCAGGACCACCCACCGCCAGCUAGCUCUUUCCUUUCUCUUGCCUCAAUGACUUCUUCAGCAGCUUUGCUCAAGGAGGUCGCUGCCAGAGCGGCAGGCAGUCUUUUGGCUGAGAAGAAAAAGUCACUGGUUGCAGAGGAUCCCCUACAGCUUUCAGACAUGAAGCAAGAGAAAGCAACUCCACCGCAGUCUUUGGAAUUAUUGUUACUUCCAGCCCCUAAAGGUAGAACUUCUAAAACCACUAACCCAGCCUCAGAAGAAGAAGGUGGCAAACCUUUCCAGUGUCCAAUAUGUGGCCUGGUGAUAAAAAGGAAGAGUUACUGGAAGAGACACAUGGUGAUUCAUACAGGCUUGAAAAGUCAUCAGUGCCCUUUGUGUCCAUUUCGCUGUGCACGCAAGGACAAUCUCAAAUCACAUAUGAAGGUUCACCAACACCAGGACCGAGGAGAAACAUUUCAGUGCCAGCUAUGUCCGUUUACUUCCUCUCGCCACUUCAGCCUGAAACUCCACAUGCGUUGCCAUCAGCACUUCUUGAGGACAGAAGCCAAAGUGAAGGAAGAGGUCCCAGAAAUGGAUGUCAAGGUGUCACCGCUGCUAAACGACAACUCCAGAUUGGGGCAGCAGGAAGACAGGGGGACUGAACAGGCAGGGGCUGCUGCAACAGCCUCAAAAACACCUGAGGCAGUUGGGCAGUCAGGAAGUACCAUUCCUGCUCUGCUGGUGAAGGAAGAGCCCAAAGAUGACAAUGCCUCCACCCCAUCCUAUCCUCUCAGUGUUAUUGACAGAAUCACCACCAACAAUACUAAGUUAAAAGACUCCAUUGACUUUGUGACCAAUACAACGUCAGCACUUUUCAGCCAGGAUAUCUCUGUCAAGAUGGCUUCAGAUUUUCUCAUGAAACUCUCAGCUGCAAAUCAAAAGGAACCCUUGACUCCAACAUUCAAAGUAAAAGAUGAACCAAAAGAUGAGGAAAAUCCAAGCCCCACUUUGCCUAAAUCCAGUUAUGUUUUCAGCCAUGAACCUGAAACAUCAUCUCCAAGCAUUCCUGAGGAGAAUCUCAAAUCACAGGAAGUGCCAGCAAAUGUAUUACAGCAGGACAUGUCAGUUAAAGCAGCAUCUGAACUUCUCAUGAAGCUAUCAGCGGAAAGUUACAAGGAAUCACAGACAAUAAAGAUUAAAGAAGAGCCAAUGGAAGUUGACAUUCAUGAUUCCCAAGCUUCAGUUUCACCGAGCCAAAACAUCAGUUAUAGCACUUUACUCAGGCAAGAGAUAACUGAACAUAUACAAAAGAUACCAGAAGGACGAGUACUCCCUGAGAGAAACCUCUUCAGCCAAGAUAUAUCAGUGAAGAUGGCUUCGGAGCUACUUUUUUCAGUUACAGAAAAAGUGAGCAAAGAGCACAAUCACUGUAAAGAUAAUACCAUUGCAGUUACAACCAGCCCUUUUUUUUCUGAAGAUACAUUUAGACAAUCACCGUUCACUUCCAAUUCAAAAGAUCUCCUGUCUAAUGAGACUGCUGUUCCUGGAAAUAUGACAGUAACAGAUACAGAGAAGAUAGGGCUGGAGGCUGGAAAUGGUUUGCCACCUUGGAAAUUUAAUGACCAGCUCUUUCCCUGUGAUGUGUGUGGAAAAGUGUUUGGCCGACAGCAGACGUUGUCCCGACAUCUCUCCCUGCACACAGAAGAGAGAAAAUACAAAUGCCAUUUGUGCCCAUAUGCUGCUAAGUGCCGUGCUAACCUGAACCAGCACCUGACUGUCCAUUCCGUGAAGCUGGUGAGUACAGACACUGAGGACAUUGUCAGCGCUGUCACUUCCGAAGGCAGUGAUGGAAAGAAGCACCCUUAUUACUACAGUUGUCAUGUGUGUGGAUUUGAAACUGAGAUGAAUGUCCAAUUUGUCAGUCAUAUGUCGCUUCAUGUGGAUAAAGAACAGUGGAUGUUUUCUAUUUGCUGCACAGCCUGUGAUUUUGUGACCAUGGAAGAGUCAGAGAUGAAGGUUCAUGUCGCCACCAAGCAUGCAGGUGACGAGAGGAAGACACCCAGUGAUUCAAACAGUCCUUCUUCUUCUUCCCUGUCAGCACUUAGUGAUUAUGCCAACAGUAAAGAAGAUGCAGAGACCAGCCCCAAACCCAAGGGUCCAAACAACCUGCUAGUUAUUUCUGUAGUGCCUGGUACGCAGACCAUAUUAAAUGCGGAAGAAAAAUCAGAGAAAGGUUUUGAAUGUGUUUUCUGUAACUUUGUCUGCAAAACAAAAAAUAUGUUUGAACGCCAUUUGCAAAUCCACCUGAUCACACGGAUGUUUGAAUGUGAUGUGUGCCACAAAUUUAUGAAGACUCCUGAGCAAUUACUGGAGCACAAGAAAUGCCACACUGUCCCCACCGGUGGGCUCAAGUGCCCAUUCUGCAUUUAUUCAACAAAUCGUCCAGCAGCAAUGGAAUGCCAUUUGAAGACCCACUACAAAAUGGAGUACAAGUGCCGGAUCUGCCAGGCAGUGAAAGCCAACCAGCUGGAGCUGGAAAUGCACAUUCGGGAGCAUCGCCUUGGCAACCAUUACAAAUGUGACCAGUGCGGCUACCUUUCCAAGACGGCCAACAAGCUGAUUGAGCAUGUGCGUGUACACACUGGGGAGCGCCCUUUUCACUGUGACCAGUGCAGCUACAGCUGCAAGCGCAAAGACAAUCUCAACCUGCACAAGAAGCUCAAGCAUGCGCCACGACAGACUUUCAGCUGCGAAGAGUGCCUCUUCAAGACCACCCACCCUUUUGUCUUCAGCCGCCAUGUGAAGAAGCACCAAAACGGGGACUGCUCUGAAGAGGAGAAAAAGGGCCAGGGGCCAAGCUCUAAGGAAACCAGUCCUCUCCUUGCGGCUAACAGUCCCCGGAGCCUCUUGUCGCCUCUUUCCAUGAUGUCUGCCUCCCAGGCUCUCCAAACAGUAGCCAUGUCAGCUGCUCAGAGUGGUGGGGCAGAGCCAAACCUGGCACUUAAGGCCUUGGCCAUCAAUGGCACUUCCCUCUGCUUUGACAAGUAUCGAAACUCUGAGUUUGCCCACCUCAUUCCCUUAACCAUGUUUUUUCCUAAGAACCACUUUGAGAUCACAUUCCAUUCACCCCGGCCACAGACCGUUCGCCUGGGUGACACAUCACCGAAGCACUCCUUCCUUGCCUACCUUGGACUAACUGAAAGGGCAGAAACUGUCUGAUGGCAGCUACAUUCUGUACCAAAAAUACUCCAACUCUGUUCCUCCAAACACACUCAACAGAAACCCAGCAGGUAUAUACAUUGCUGCAAACUCUACCACCCCUACCCUCAAAGGUAUGGCUGGCUGAACAUUUGUACUAUAGAUCAUUAGUAGUGAGAUAUAAGAAAACAAAAUGGCUCUGUGUGUCUCCUUAAUGCAUUGACAUGAAGGCUGCUUUAUUAAAAACUUGAGAGGUGACCUCCUGCAUUCUUCUACUUUCAGAGGCAUGUUCCCAGCACUCUUAACUUAAAAACUUUUUUGUCUUGUUUAAAGUUGAACAAGAGUGUCCUUAAUGGCAAUCAGCACUUGCUAAAAUUACAUAUUGAUGCAUUUUACUUUAGGUUUGUGAGUGUGUCUGAAAGAGAGUCAGUGUGCCAUGACAUUACUUUUGCACAUUGUUUUGUACUGGCUUAUUUAAUAUGAACACAUGAAGCUGCCUUAUAUCACAUCAGAUCAUUGGUCCAUCUCACCUAGUAUUGUCUACUCCAACUGGCACUUCUCUAGGGUUCUCAAGCAGACAUCUUUUCCAGCAUCUGCCACCUGAGAGGCUUUUAUCUGGAGAUGCUGGGGAUUGAAUCUGGGACCUUGAUACAUGCAAAGCAUGUGCUCUACCUCCCAUUGAGCGACAGCCCUGCCCCUUGCAAUUAUUACUGCAGUCCUCCAUGUUCACCACUUUGCCUGCUUCUCUUUCUUUUGCAGUUACCAGAAUGUGGGAACAGCCAUGCUUGUUCAGGAAGCAUUGACAUGCUUUGAAUUUGCUAUAGAAUAAGUUCCUGGUUAAGAAUUCUCCUACCUGAGAAUUCAAAGAUUAGGGCAGAACUAGACAAGAAGAAAUUGGUACUUUCAGCCCCUCAAAGGGAGGGCUGUUUCCCUUGUUACCAUUUUUCUACAUGGAAAUAAUCUCUGCAUGGAGAAAUGGCCAUACCCUGUAGUGUUUCACCUAUAUUAUCAUUUUUUCCUCUAUAAUUCACAAAUUGGUUAGCCUCUGCUUUUAUAUAUACACAUACAUACACACACACACACACACACACACACACACAUUGCUUGGAGGUUGUAUUCAUGCAAACAAACAAAACCAUGCACUUCUGCCUCUUUUGGAAAUGUUAUAGUGAAGAUGCAUGUUCCAAUACAGAGAUUAUAUCUAUAGAGGAAAAAUGUAUGAAGCAGCCUGGAACAUAUACUAGUGACAUACAGGAGAGGGUAACUAGCCCUCUAAACAGCAGGUGCAUUUUGUGUAUGCACAAAGUCUUCUGUGAUGCUCAUGUAAACUAUGCGCCACUUUUUACAAUACUUUUUUGUACUUGAGUACAGGUGUCCAAAGGUAAAAUACACACACCAGGCAUUAAUUUUAAGUGGAACAUAUGCAUUGCAUUUAAAUUACCACCACCCCCACCCACCCACCCCAGUAAAAUAACUAGAGGGAGAAAUUUUAUCAUUUGCCCAUCAUGCUUUUGUCUAGUUUGCUAAGAAAAUCAGUGAUUUGAAGGCACAUGCUCAGUUCUAAACUGAUGCAAGGCCAAGACUGGUAUGGUGGGAAGGCAAAUAAUAGGAAGCAGCUCUCAGAUCAGGCUAUCAGACUUACACAGGGUCACUCUUGUCUGAGUGCAGUAGUGACUUUGUUUUGCAAAAGCAAGAGUGUACAUUCUACAGUGAUGAAAUCAAGGAAAGGGGGUAUUGAAAAGGAAGAGUUUGGUGAAUUCUGGGUAGAAAUAUGCUCAGACUAAAUAAAGGCAGGUUUUGCACAGUGCUUGAGUCUUGCACUAGUAUGUUUCUCACUAGCAAAAAAUAAACAAUGGUAAGAAGUAUAGAAGAAAAUGGGUUUUUUGUUGUUGUUGACUGAAGAAAUACCAGAUUGUAUAUUUGAAAGUUAAUGGUAAGUUGUUUUACGCAAAAGGAGAAAAAGGUGCUGUUUAACCAUACAAUUCUCUUUUGUAUGCCCAGUUGUUCAAUUACAGUAUAUUGGCAAAAUUUGUGUCCUUAUAAACAUUACCCUUCAUGUUAUUUGUAUUCUUUUAUAUCAUUUUGUUAAUGACUAUUCAAGUAUACUCUUCUUGGAAGCUAACUUUAUAUUUUCUUAGAGCUCUUAUUUUGUGGUCAUUAAAAUGACAUAAAUAUUGCACUUUAUUGCAGUAAGAAGCAAAUGUUGCAUUCCUAAUAGACGAUCUAAGUCAAUUGUUAACUUUUCCCAAGAUUAGCCCAUGUACUGACAUUUAUUGUAUGUCAUUAUCAUUAUCACAGCCAGCUCACUCCACUAAACACAUACAGGAGAAGAAAUGCAGAUCUGUGUAAGAGUUCAAAGACCAGAAACAGUUUACAAUGGAGAAUAAAACAAAAGAGCCUAACUGUUUAAUAAGGUAUACUAUAUUACCACUGAAGGAACAAGAGUCAACACAGUAGCUUAACAAAUUAAGCCAUUAGGAUAAAAUAAGUCAAUGUUUUAGUUGUCCCUAACACAGACAUUUUGAUACACUGUUCAUUGAACCUGGUGGUGUUAAAAGAGUUCCUAUGAACUACACUUAUGACAAAACAUUGACUAAGGUAAAGUCGGUAUGCAAAGGGAUAUUGUAGCACUUUUUAGACUAAUGGAGAAAGAAAAAGGUUGGUUGCAUUAGCUUUUAUAUACUUGAAUCUACGAAAGCUAAUGCUACCAACUUCUUUUUCUCAGUCUCAGAGGUGCUACCAGAUCCCUUUGCAUACUGAUCCAGGCUAACACAGCAAUGUCUUGAAUUCUACCACUGAGGUAAGGUCAGUACAGUGUCAUGAAUAAGCUAUGAGAACAUGGCAAUGCCUAGCAAGAGUCUCCAGCACUUAGUAUGUGGCAGAGUAUCACACACAAACCUGGCAGCCAGGCACAAGAAAAUUGAAAAGAGGGUGUGAUGGUGGGAGGAGGGGUGAUGCCUCAGAUGGACAACAACUUGAGAGAAUGACUGGCUAUGAAAAAGUGGCUGUGCUCAUGAGAGAUGUCCCAGUAAGCUACAAUAGGCCAACUUCAUCCAGCAUGCUUCUAUAGCAAUACUGGCAAGCACACAGACACACACCAGUUCAAUUUCUCAUCUUUCUAAGCUUUUUCUGUAGUUUGGGAGAGGGCAUUUUUCUGCAACCUUGAACUAUUUACUUAACUACAGAUCUGCCAUUUGCCAGAACAGGCUCUGUUGCAGGAACUUUAAAAAAUGACAACACUGAAGAAGGAUUUAUAUGCUAGGCUAUAAGGGUAAACUAAUUCCUUUAUUAGCAAAGGAAAGAUAAACUCCCACACAGCAAGGGAUGAUGGGAGUUGCAGUCCAAAACAUCUAAGGACAUGGAUUCCCACUCCUGCUUUAUGGUAAGAAUAAUAGGACUUGGUUUCUACAAGCAACUGCUGCAGUUAACUAAAUAUAUUCAAGGUGUUUCUAGUCAUCCUAUUUUUUUAAAAAAGAAAAUAGUAGUUUGUCAGCAGGUAAGCUACGCAUGCAUAGGAAUGUUAAAAGAAAUAUUUUCUGUAAACCAAAUGGUGCAAUAUACAUAGGAACUGCAAGGAAUGAGUAUUACGAUGCUGUAAGCAACUUAAUGCCUUGGGUUUAACCAUUUUCCUUUUGUAUUGAUGUCUGUCAUAGUAAUGCUUAAUGUAAUUGGGCAGCUUUAUUUAGCACUUUGAACACUGAAUUAUUUCUGGAAAGUUAGUUAUACAUGAAUUCUGAAUGAGAGAAAAAUGCAUCUGGGGUAUUUUUUAUUUUUUUAAGGAAAAAAUACAGUAUUUAUCAAAGCCCUUGCAUACACAAAAAUUGGUUUGCUGUCUGAAGCUAAAGAUAGGAAUGCUCCCUAUAGAUAUCCUUUGCUUGUUAAGAGACUUGGCAUUUUUACCAAAAGGCUCAGUUUGCAUCUGCUUUUUUCACUAUGCAUUUUUAAUGAUAGGCUGGUUUCUUGUUUUCCAUCCAGUAAUUUGGUUACAUUCUCAGCACUUUCCUUGCUCCCCCUGUCCUUUUUAACUUGCUGUACCAUAUUCAAAUAUCACACUGUCAAGGUUUGUGUACAUUAAUGGAAAUUUGUAUUGUAUAAAGCUUUUUUGCAUUAUAAGGCUGUACAGGGUCAUUUUGACAGUAACUGGUAUAUUUCUUUGCAUUUAUGUUGCAUUGCCAAUUUCUAGUGUAUCCAGUUUGGAAGUAUAUAUACUCUAAUUAAAAACAAAGUUGGCUAUA